AUGAAGAACAUAGUGAAAUACAGCAAAGAAGAUGCAGAUGCUUCGUCUCCAUUUAGUCGCUUACCCGACGAAAUCAUCCUCCAAAUCAUAAACAAAUUAAUCGAUUUGAAAACCCUUGGCUUUUGCUAUCUGGUUUCCAAGCGUUUCUCCUCGAUUGUACUUCAAGUGGAUGCCAUUUCUUUCACUGUUCCUUUCAUAGACCCUAACAUUCCCGAUAAGAACACCGUCGAUGACGUCGCCCCAAGUAGGCCGUUUCCGCCCAUGGUUUCUUCGUUUUUUGGUGAGUCUUUUCUAUCCGCCUAUACGUUUUUGAGCAAGCUUAAAGGAGUGAAGUCCUUGUGUAUCGAACUGGCAUCUUUCGGUCACAGAGCUAUUGAUAAUCGUUGUUUGUUCAAGUGGAUGGUUAAGUUCAGGAACAGAAUCGAAUCGUUUAUGUUUCUAUCGCCACAUUCAGUUUAUGAUAAGGAUGGAUUAUCUCUUAGUGGAAAUGGGGAUGAAGAAGAAGAAAACCUGGUAGUUCAUGGUAUGUUUAGGCGAAAUUUUGAAAUUUCGUUUCAGUGUCUGGAGGAUGUGAUUGCGUGGCAUAUUAUGUUGAUGGACAUCGUUAAGGAUCUCCCAAUGUUGGAAGAGGUAUCAAUUACUGAUUCAGGGAGAAGAGGGAGGCUUUCUCUGAAUGGAGAAAAGCUCAUUGAGGUGAAGGAAUGGGUAAACUCAGCUUCAAAAGCUGAGUUCAAUCGUGUAGAGGUUCCUACUGUCAUGAGUAAUGGUUACAUCCCCCUUUUGAAGUUGCCAGUUUCAGGGUAUGUGAUGAAGGGGAUAUAUUUUGGUAUAAUGAAGAUGAAAGAUCUUGAGGGUGGAAAUGAAGGUCUUAUGAACAUUGAGGAUGCUUCUGAAGAUAAAGAAGAAGCUGCAUAUACUGAAGCUUAUGAAUCAGGUACAGAUGCAAAGUUCAAUUAACAACUAACGAGGGAAGGGAAAAUAUGAGGUAGUUUGCUAGAUAUUAAUUGAUAGAAGAUAGAACCAAUCUUUGAAACAACUUUUUGGUAUGUAAGUGAUGCAUAUUGCAUAGCAACAUUAAGUAUUUAAGUAAAAUCUAUAUUUUAUAUUAGAGUGAAAGCUGCAAAAUUGGCCCUUGUGGUUUGUAGUUUUCUUUGGAUGGA